ACUGAUGAUUAUGUACCGGUGCAGGUUCAGUCUUCCUCCAUGGCGGCUUUCAACAAGCUCGGAAGCCUUCUGAGGCAGAGUGCUUUGACGAGCAGUGCCUCGACCGGCUCAGCUCCUGCCAUGUUCAAUGCUGCGCGCCACAUGUUCAAUGCUCUACGCCACCGCCGCCGCCGCCCCUCACGAGGAGAGGACCUCAACAACAGCCGUCCCCCUUUAGAUUCCCCUCGCGAGUCCCGCUCCCCCGUGCGUGCGCUGCGCCGGAUGGCCGGCGCCCUCCUCGCCACCGCGCGCCUCCGCGGAUCCUUCAGCGCAUCCAAAUGCAAGACCGAGGCGCGGAUGGCGACGGCGAGGAUGAAGCUGCUGCGGAACCACCACGACACGCAGCUGCGCAAGAUGCGCGGGGACGUCGUCGCGCUGCUCCGCGACGGCCGGGACGACACCGCGCGAAUCAGGGGUUGGGCAUUAUGUAUGGAAAGAUCACAUGUGACCAUCUGGUGUCUGGAAAGGAAUAUGGUGGGGAAGUUAUUUCCUUCAGCGGUUAUGAUGAUCAUUAGACAUCAGCAAGUUCUAAUCUGAUUCAUUAUUCCCUGCAACAUCAGUUGGAUGUCUUUGGGGUGGCACCGGACACAACAACAAGUACUGAGCAGAGAUCACUAUAAUGCAAUGGGUCACUGUAGUACAAAUAUGAAUCUGUUGUCAGUGUCUUGUAUAUAUAUAUCUGAUUUGUGGAAAUAUUGUAAUAUAUUCAGUUAC